AAAGAGUGUUAAAAAUGAGUGAGGAUAGUUUAAUAAGGAUUUAGUGAAUGAAGUGUUGUUGAAUUGGAGAAUGAAUAUUGAAGAAGCUGAAGGUGAAGGUGAAGCAGCAGAGUAUUUUUGCAAGGACUUUGAGUGGGAAGAACUAAGAUCAGAGGUUGAAUCAAACCCUUCUCUUCGCCACCAUUUUGAACCAAACCCUUCUUCUUCCACGCAAUCACCUGAAUCCGACGUUCAUGCUUGGAAGCUAUUUCACACCCGCCACUCCUCCGGUAAAUUCUUCAAAGAGAGACGCUAUUUGUUAAAGGAAUUUCCAGUAUUACUUUCCUCUCCCCCAAAUUCGUACCCUAAUAAACUCUUGGAAGUUGGUUGCGGCAACGGAAGCACUAUUCUUCCUAUUCUACGGGCCAACAAGGAUGUUAUUGUUUAUGCAUGCGAUUGUAGUGAUGAAACUCUUCACAAGGCUACGGAUAUUAUAAAUGCAAACGAUGUUGCUUCUUCUUUUAAGCAUCGUUUUCAUACUUUUUCUUGUGAUUUUUCCACUAUUGGAUUCCCUACUUGGUUGGCAUGCAACCCUUGCAGACACAGAUUUUUAGAUGUCAAAGAGGAUAAUGGACUGCAUCUUAAAAAUUCAUGUUUAUCAGAAGAACUUGACUGUUGUGUUGGAGGAGUAGAUUAUGUUACAUUGAUAUUUACUUUAUCAGCAGUACCAUUGGAAAGGAUGCCAAGGUCCAUCAAGGAAUGUUUUACUGUGUUAAAGCCAGGAGGCAUGGUUUUAUUUAGGGACUAUGGCCUCUAUGAUAUGACUAUGCUUCGAUUUGAACCAGACAAGAGAGUGGGAUUCAGGGAAUACAUGCGAUCAGAUGGAACACGAUCAUAUUUCUUUUGUUUGAAUACUGUCCGAGACCUAUUUUUGGGUGCAGGCUUCAUUGAGCUUGAGCUUGAUUAUUGCUGUGUCAAGUCUGUGAAUCGCCGGAAAGGGAAGAGCAUGCAAAGAGUGUGGGUUCAUGGGAAAUUCCAGAAGCCUGCACUGAGUUAGUUGUCAAUGAUCUCUCUUGGCGUGCUUUAUGAAAUCCGGUUUGCUUUUACCUUUAUCGAUUUUGAGCCACGCUGAAGAUUAUAAAAGAGAGACAGGUAGAAAAGACAAAGGAAGUCUGUUGUUUCUGCAUUCCUACAUAAAUUUUGAUGCCCAGAAAAUCUGAAAUGAUUUUUAUUGGAAAAGAUAAUAUAGAAGAUUAUAUUUACACAAUUAGAUCAGCUAUUUAUGAAUUCUUUUACAUUUGAGUGGCUACAUGAGGUUAAUACUGACUGGAUAUCUUUUUAAUUUUUUACAAUGUUCCUCCUUUUAAUCAGUGUCACAAUCA